AUGGCCCUGAGAAAGCUGCAGACAGAGAUCGACAAGACCCUCAAGGCAGUCGCCUCGGGCGUCGAAGUCUUUGAAAGCACAUUCGACAAGCUCAACCACGCUUCCAACACCACCCAGAAGGACAAGCUCGAGAACGACCUCAAGUCCCAGAUCAAGAAACUGCAGCGCAUGCGUGAUCAGAUCAAGGCCUGGCUCGGCAACGGCGAUAUCAAGGACAAGACGGCGUUGCUGGAAAAUAGGAGGUUAAUCGAGACGCAGAUGGAGCGGUUCAAGGCGCUCGAAAAGGAGACCAAGAUGAAGGCGUUCUCGAAGGAGGGGCUGAUAGCGCAGAGCAAGCUUGACCCCGCGGAACAGGCCAAGAGGGAUAUGGUGGACUGGAUCGGGGGUGUGACGGAUGAGCUGUCGCAUCAGAUCGAGGCCACGGAGGCGGAGCUUGAAGCGCUGCAACAGACGAAAAAGAAGAAGAAGGAGGGCGAGAGGCAGGAUGAGCUGGAAGAGCUCAACGAGAGGCGAGAGUGGCAUAUCGGAAGGCUGGAGAUUGUGCAGCGCAUGUUGGAGAAUGGCGGGCUGCAGGUGGUGGAUGUGGAGAGCAUAGAGGAGGAUGUCAAGUACUUUGUUGAGGCCAACAUGGAAGACGAAUUCGACUUUGACAAUGGCAUCUACGACGAGCUCAACCUCCAGGAGGAAGAAGAUUACCUUCACGACUUUGGUGUGCACGAGGACCACGAGGAAGAAGACGAGCCCGAACCGGAACCCGAAGUCGAGCCUUCCCCUCCUCCCAAGACGCCUGCCAAGUCUACCCCCCACCGCCUGUCAAAGUCCGACAAGGACCACGAAGAGCGAGACGAGUUCGCCAGUCCUCUCACCAAGAAGACUCCUUCGCGAAAGUCUACCGUCGACAAGGAGAAGAAGGAAAAGGAAAAGAAGGAGGAGCGAGAGAAGAAGGACAGGGAACGGGAAGAGCGCGAGAGGGAGAGGGUUGCAGAGGAGAAGCAUCUCCAGGCCGGUCCCACGCCGUCCAAGCCUGCGCCCUUGCCACCCAUCAGGUAUGCCGCGGCCGCCGCUGCUGCCGUUGGCGGUGCAUCCGCCUCUGCGCCUUCCCAAACCACCGCACCCCUCGCGCCUGAAAGCGAUCACGUUGCCUCGCCCCAAGAGAUCUCCUCUCUUCCUCCUCCACCGCCACCGGGGCUCGAGACUCGUUCACCUUCUCAACCCUCCGUGGCUCACUAUACCGACUCUUCCGCUCCUUCCCGAGCGCCCAGCCUCAGCGCUGCUUCUGGUAUCUCUGCCACCCCCGCCCAAACGCCCGGUAGCGUCGCCCCCCCACCCGGCUACCCCCAGUCUGCCGAGAGCUCGCAUUCUGCCCAAGCCCAGCUUGCCCAGGCCCAAGCGACCGCACAGUACCAAGCUCAACAAGCCGCCCAGGCCCAAGCCCAGCUCCAAGCUCAGCAACAGCAGCAGCAACAAGCCGCUGCCGCCCAGGCUGCUCAACAGGCUCAGCAGGCUCAACAACAGCAAGCUGGCGUUAUGGGCAACUUGAUGCAAAGUUUCGAGGUGGCCAAGGAAAUCUGUGAGUAUGAGUGUUUUGUAUGUGAAUGUGGAUGGGGGUGUGUUUUUCGGUAUCCCAAGGGAUGGGGAGCUGGGAAGGGCAAGUGGAAGAGCAAAAAGCAUGUGCAUAGGAUCGAACAGGCGGGGGUGGUGCCGCCGCCUCCCAGCUUUAUGGGUGGGGAUCAUGUGCAGGUGCAUGGGGAGUGGAUGCGGGGUGGGCAGGAGGCCAAGAGACGGUCCGACGACGGGGACGAGCUGCAUGCGGCGCUCGAAGGAAGUUACUCGAAUAUCCCUCAACAACAGGAUGCCGAGCCUCCACGCUACUACCACCCCAAGAACCCAAUCAAAACCCCAUCCCACUACCCCCAAGCCCGUCUCCCCGCUCUGGAAGACAAGUCCAUCUACUCCCGCCUGGAACUCGACCAGCUGUUCUACAUCUUCUACUACAUGACUGGCACGUACGAGCAAUGGCUCGCGGCUAGGGAGCUGAAGAAGCAGAGCUGGAGGUUCCACAAGCAGUACUUGACGUGGUUCCAGAGGGCCCACAACCCCCAGGCGAUUACGAGUGAUUAUGAGCAGGGAGGGUAUUAUUACUUUGAUUGGGAAAAUAGCUGGUGUCAGAGGAGAAAAAGCGAUUUCAGAUUCGAGUACCGAUGGUUAUCAGAUCACUGA